CAAACUGCAGAGUCACGUGUGCCUGUGUCAUGUGAUUACUGAGCUGCAAGAGAAGAAAAAGAAAAGCCCGGCUUUGUUAUUCUGACUGUUUUUGAAGCAGCGUAACAGACGACAUACAUGUGACAAGGUGCGCCAAAACCUACCAGGUUGUAAGAGGAGUAAUGCAGUAUUGUGCCCUUUGUUCAUCAUAACAGCUGAGUUCUGCCUCCAAGUCAUCUGAUGAUAAUGACGCUGCAGAUGGGGAUCGUGUGUCUGGCUCUGCUGGGCCUCAGCACAGCACUGGUCUGUCCUGAUGGAGGCAUGUGUGAGGACAAAAACACCUGCUGCAAGAACACGGUGGGAGGAUACGGAUGCUGUCCACUGCCACACGCUGAGUGUUGUUCAGAUCACCUCCACUGCUGCUUUGAGGGGACGGUUUGCGAUCUCGUCCACGCCAAAUGUGUUAAUAAGACCGUUUCCCUGCCCUGGAUGAGACGAGUUCCAGCUAAACAGGCUCAGCUUAUAUCUCAGCUCAGCGAGGGAGUGAAGGCAGUCAUUUGUCCGGACCAGGAGUCGGAGUGUCCGGACGACACCACCUGCUGCCAGCUUCUUGACGGCUCCUGGGGCUGCUGUCCAUUAGCCAAGGCGGUGUGUUGUGAGGAUAAGCUCCACUGUUGCCCCGAGGGCACAAAGUGUGAUAUUGCUCACUCAAGGUGCGUCUCGGCGUCGCUGGAGUCCUUCCCCAUGCUGCAGAAACUGCCUGCCAGAAGGAAGGAGAAUAAUAAUACAGCUUCGUCAGUCCGUUCAGUGAUGUGUCCUGGUGGAAAAAGCAGCUGCCCAGAUAGUUUUACAUGUUGCCUGCUAACCAGUGGAGACUACGGCUGCUGCCCUUACCCAGAGGCCAUGUGCUGCAGCGAUCAUCUGCACUGUUGCCCUAGCAACACAAUAUGUGACCUGGAGCAUGGGGUCUGCAAAUCUGGUGAGACGCACAUGCCACUGCUGAAGAAGAUCUCUGCCGUACACAAAGACGUCGAGUGUCCAGACAAGAAAUCAGCAUGUCCUGACCAGACCACGUGCUGCCAGAUGGCCAGUGGCACAUACGGCUGCUGUCCUUUACCCAAUGCCGUCUGUUGUUCAGAUCAGAACCACUGUUGUCCUGCAGACACCGAGUGCGACCUGUCCCACAGAGCCUGCGUGUCCACCCUGGGAGAGGCCGCCAUGGCCGCUAGGAUCCCGGCUGCUGUUACAGGGCUGGUGGCGGUACAGAGAAAAGUUGGUGCUGUUCCCUGCAAUGACUCCGUGGCCUGUGCUGAUGGAAACACCUGCUGUAAAUCGUUGGGGGGGAAAUGGGCCUGUUGUCCACUACCUGAGGCCGUGUGUUGUGAGGACCGCCUGCACUGCUGUCCACACGGCACCACUUGUAACCUGGCAGCCUCCACGUGUGAUGAUGCCACAGGCGGUACCCUGAUGCCCUGGCUCAGCAAAGUGCCCGUCUUUCCCUUAACGAGCGAUAACAGCAAGUGCGACAAAUCUACGUCGUGUCCUGGAAAAUCCACCUGCUGCAAGACGGCGAGUGGAGACUGGGCCUGCUGUCCUCUACCUCAGGCUGUGUGCUGUGACGACCACGUCCACUGCUGCCCUCAUGGUACGGUCUGCAACCUGGCGGCUGAAAGCUGUGACGACCCGUCGGGUUUUGUGCCCUCCCGCUCCUGGGUGGAGAAGGUGUCCGCUCUGACCUCAGAGAAACGGGACGAGAAAUGUGACAAGCAGACGAUGUGUCCAGGAGGCAACUGCUGUAGGAGCAACUUUGGACGGGCCUGCUGCCCCUUACCUCAGGUGGUGUGCUGUAACGAUCAUGAGCACUGCUGCCCCAAAGGCUACACUUGUAACGUGGCUGAACAGACUUGUGAUAAGCCCGGUGGCCUCAGCCUGCCCUGGCUGCCGAAGACACCGGUCCUGAAGAACGAGCCCGGUCAGGCUGUUUCCAGUCCAACUCCGCCGGCCAAGAACAUGUGUGACGCCCAAACUAGCUGCCCCAGGGACACGACCUGCUGCUUCAUGAACGUGACCCACAAAUGGGGCUGCUGCCCUCUGCCAAAGGCGGUCUGCUGUAAGGAUGGAAACCACUGCUGCCCCAGCGGUCACGUCUGUGAACCUCACCGCUCCUCCUGCUCAAAGGGCCCCCGUGUUAUACCCUGGUUCACCAAACUGAGCGCUGUGACCGAGCGGGCGCCGACAGACGUUAAAUGUGACGACAAGAGCAGCUGCGCUUCAGGAACGACCUGCUGUAAACUGCAGUCAGGAGAGUGGGGCUGCUGCCCUCUGGUCAAGGCGGUUUGCUGUGCAGACCAUGAGCACUGCUCUCAGGGCUACACCUGCAACAUGCAGACUGGAACAUGCGAGAAGAAGAACCGCGAUGUGCUCGUCCUCGCCCUCCCUCAGAGCAAAGUGGUGCCCGAGCCGAGAGGCACCGAGGGCGACGCGGACGUACCAUGUGACAGCACGGGGGAAUUUCACUGCCCCAAGCAAGACACGUGCUGUAAGAUCUCAGCCGCAGAGUGGGCCUGCUGCCCCUCGCCCAGGGCUGUCUGCUGCUCAGACUCAAAGCACUGCUGUCCUGUAGGAUACUCAUGUGACCUGAAGGCUGGAGGAUGCACCUCACAGAACCAGCUGACCUGGGACAUUUUGUUCGGGGACAGAAGAAAGACUUUGUCCCCAUGGACUUUAACUCCACUUCAACCUGGAUCCAUUACAUCCAUCUACAGCUCAUAUUGUCCACAGACAAUAAGGCUGUUGCUGCUUCCUGUUUGUUUGUCGUUCAUGGAAGUUUCUGCACUCCUGAGUAUUGGUGGUGGUGGUAGGUGUGGAGGAGACUUUGUGCAAGACAGGGGAAAAACAUGCGCGCUGCCGUCAUCUCUGACAAUUAUAAAGAAGUUAUAAUGAAAUAGGAAGGAAUAUAUCCUGUUAUUUCAACAUGUGUGACCUUGAAAUGUGUGCAGAAGUCUUUUAAACGUGUUGCACCAGGCAGAAAAUAUUUUAUCACCAUCACACUCGCUUCUUGAUAUAGAGGACAGUAAUACCACAAUGAGAAGUACAGCAAGUGUCUCGUUAAAGGAUGGUGUUGGUGAUAUUAUAUAUUUAUCUUAUUGUCAACAAAUCCCAUGAAAAGAUCAAAACCAACAAUGAGUUCGUCUCUCAAAACGUCCCUACUAACCUUAAUUGCUUCCCCACGCGCCAUCAGUACGCAUACCGGAAGAUGACAAGUCACUUAAGUUCAGGUUCUGCCGUUAUGUCCCCGUUUAUCCUCCCAACACACAAGAAAGCCCUGAUAUCGAGUCCGAAAAUGACAGAGAGGAGAUGAGGCGAGCGUAACUGAAAGCAAAAAGUUUUUUUGUUUCCUUCUCAAUCCUGAAAGGUGGUGAUGCCCUGUUACCCCUCGUACUCAUGACCUUAGAAAACAGUAGGUUGUUGUUGUUGGGGAUGUGACGGGGACUUGGGGACACAGGCUAUGCCAAGUUCAAGGUAAAUAAAGUUAUCAGGCCUGAAUGAUUUUGAAGAAAUGACUAAUUGACUAAUUAUUUUGACUGAUAUUGCGAUACUAAGGGGAACGAUCAUUUUUACAUAAUUAUUCUCAUUUACAUUGAAAAUAUUAGUCUCUAGAAUAUGAUGUGCGGGCUUGGACAUCUCUGCAGCACGACAAUAUUUAAUUAAAAACGGUAUCGUGACACACGAAUCACCUCUUUAACAAAUAUUGCUCCUCGUGCGUUUGAAAAUAGCAGCAGGCUAUAUUGCGAUUGAUUGUUCAGCCCUAAAAAUGAUACAUUUAUUAUUUAGUUUUUCUGACUAAUCGCAUGGAUUCCUCGCGCCGGGCUACCUGUCCGCAGCCCAGGACUUGGGAACCUAAGCUGCAGGACGCUGCAAGUGGGAUAAAAUAAAUUGCAUGGUAACAAAGGAACAUGUUGGACAAGAAUGGCGCUCUGAGGCACGGAGGAUGAAAAGAUAUUAAGCUUUGAUGCACAGAUUAAACCAGUUAGUAGAUGCACUCGUUGUUGGUUUGGCUCUUUUUUUUUUAAAGUUGAUUUGUUCACAAUAGGAAAAAUAUAGAUUUUCAGCAUCCGGCUUUAUUGUUUUUGUAUUUUCUGAUCAUUAUUAUUGGAAGUGAGUGAUUUCCUAGUGUCGUUAAUAAAAAAGAAUAAAAAAGGAAACAUAAAUGUACUCGCUGUGGGCAACACUUGAUUAACUCCUCAUACAUGACUGAAGUUGUUUCAAAGAAUAGUAGCAGCAUUUUCUUGUACAAGUUGUUGACUGUUUAUCUGCUGGUCUUUAAUGUAGUCGUUGAUUUUUUUUUCGCCUAUGAUUUAAUAAGAGACCCAGAAGAGGUGAAACGGAUAAACGGUGAAGAUGCAUUUCAAGUAAAGCAGCGAUAGAUAGUUUCUUCAAAUUUGAAUUUUUUGGGGGGGGGGGCGGGGGGGGGUUGCCGUACACUUGGUUAAAGCGACAUAAGCGAUGACAGACUGUACAAGGAGCUUGUGCCUUUUAUAAUUUCACUGUAAAGAGGUGCUUGUCGGUCAGGAAAAUUCAUUCCAACACUGGAAAAUAACGAACAUGUAUCUUUUGGACAGUUCAGUGUAGAUUUCUCUUAACAAGCCAAGAACAUCUCUCGUUCCAUCAGCAGAGAACAAAAAGCACGGAGUCGAUAAAGUUGUCAGAGCUACGCAGAUGGAAGUUUUUGUGUUUGAACAGCAGUAACAGUCAUUUUCAGUGCAGCAGGUCUUCAUACAUGUUGCCAUUGGGUCUCUAGCUUUUGGAGUUUCCGAACACUGGGCUCUGUAAGAUUGUAGAAAUACUGCUCUUGAAUCCUGUAGUUUUUGUUUUGAAGGACUUUACACCUCAUGAGGAAGUUGUAAUUUUAUUAAAUCCACUUUUUAUGAAUAAAGUUUGGACACACCUUCAAAUAAAUAACGUAAACAUGCUCUCACCA